CACGGACAUAACAAGAAAUACGCUUAAGUUUUAAAUUAUUAAAUGUUUAUUGUUUUUCUCGGGACCAAAUGACAUAAAUAGUUUAUCGAUUUAUUUUAGAUGUUAUUUAAUUUGAUUUUACAUAUUUUGGUGCUAAAUAUAUAAAAACUGUGAUUUUUAGGGUUUAUAUAAUUGUGGACGUUUUUGAGGUGACCAGCGAGCGAACAUCGAAUAAAGGACAGCUGCGUUUCGCCUGUUUUCGACCCCUGCAUGUCCCGCCGGGGCGGGCGGGAAGUUCAAGUCAGUUCCGAAGCGCAAUGGGAGAAGUUUGUCAGAGGCAGCAGCCGUGGCUGUCCGGGGUUUGGAAAACCUGUAACGGCUUGAUGUGUUUGUUUUUCACUCUGGCGUCGUACGUGCAGAUCAAUGACCCGGACGCAGGUUUAUGGAUGGCGGGGUACGGGAUUCCCGCGGCGCUCUGCGCGUUCAUCGUCUGGAGAGCGGAGGUGACAGAGACUUUGUCCUGGAGGCGCGUGGCGGAUCUGCACGUGAUGAUCUCCUGCGCUGUCAUAUCCAUGUUGGGGUGGAGACUGCUCACACAGAAGGUCUCAGAGAUCUUCCAGGAGGAGGAGGGCAGAGAAUGCUCCGGCCUCAUGCUGACCAGCGUUUGGCUUCUUCUGUGUCGACACUCAGGAAGAGCUCCUGUGGGGGCGCUGCGGGUCUCCACCGCCGUCGCCGUCACAGUUUUCCCCUUCGUGGCGUGGCUGUACUACCACAUCAACAACGACCUGAGAUCGGACUGGCCUUCACACUGUAAAACGGCUCUUUAGAUGAAGAAACAUUCCACUUUUCUCUGUUCUUAGAUUCUCUAGUCAUUCAUCUGAUUUUUUUAAAAAGUGAAUUAAAUGUUCAAACAAAAUAUUUGUUAUUUUAGAACAAAUUUAAAAUGUAUUUCUGAAGCUUCGAUCCAGAGAAAUGCAGAAUCUAGAGAAGGUCAUGAGGGCAUCUCUGCAGCGUUGGGACUCGGGAGAACUGCAGCUGUCAUCCUCGUCAUGGCGUGGAGGACGCUGAAUGAUCAAAACACCAUAAAAACAACCCACAACAGCAUCCAACAAUCUGCAGGCCUCACCUGCCUCAGGUAGGGUCAGAGGUCAGAAAGAGGCGGAGCUCUGCUGCCGAGCAAAAGGAACGAGGCUCCAGUUUGACUGAAAACAUCGUCAUGAUUUUUGGGGAGAAAAAUCCUCUGCAGACUGAAGAGACAAAUGUCUAAUAUUUUAAAAAUUGAAAGUUUACGAGAUUUCAGGGACAGAAACGGAAGCAGUCAGACAUGGUGGUGGGAGUGUGAUGGUCGGUUUUGUUUCUUUUCCUCUGGACUGAACAAAAUCCAGAGAAGGAAAGUUUGAUGGUUCAUGCAGAUGGCUUCCAUAAACUAUUAAUCAGAAAACUAGUUUUAGAAAAUUCGCAGUAACUCUGUUACCCAUCAUGCACUGCACAACGUUUGGAGUAGAUGAUGAUUUUGGACAAUAAGAUACAAAUAUCAAAUGUC